CUGAAAUAGUCAAUAUCGCUGCACUACGGGUUACGGGUCUUGUCCGUAGUAAGUACAAUAAAAUUACUUUCAUCAUUGAAUUUAUUAUAAACGUGAUUUAUGCGUGAUGAUAUAAACGUUAUUAAAAAUGCGAUUAUAAGUUCGUAAAGUUUUGUCUAUGGCUAUUCCGAUGCUCAAUAUUCUGUCGCGCAUCACUAUUUGGCGACUGGCGUAAGUAACUUAUUGUCAUCUGUCACUGUCAGCUCAGUGUCAUUGUCACAUUGAAAAUUGAAAUAUUUUUAUUUACAAUUACAUUUUCCAUGGAAUUUUAAAUUAAAUUAUUAGAUUUAUCAAAUAAAAAAAAAACAACUUCAAUUACUGAUAAAACAGAAUUUAUCUGAAAAUAAAAUUCAUAUUUUAUUGCGUAAUAUUAUUACAAACUAUUGACUUCAAUCGUAGAGAGUUCUAAACAUGGAACGACGCAUUCUUUGAAGAUAACUUUCACAAUACGUUUCAGUCGAGGCUAAAGGCUUAUUAUUUCCAUGUGUGUAAAUAACGUGUACAGUGAUGUCUGAAGUCACUCCGUUUUUCGUCGACCGCGCCAAAGGCGGCCGGGCAUCAUGCAAAGGUUGUAAAGGUAACUGCCCUGGCGGGGAACUGCGUAUAGCAAAACUAGUUUACAGUCCUUACGGCGAAAACCAACAGAUGAAGUCAUGGCACCACAUAGAUUGCCUGAUGAAUGUCCUUCUGAAACAACGCCCAGCAACCAAGCGGAUAGAUUCAAUCGACGACAUAGGAAACUGGGAAAACAUUAGUAAAGACGAUCAGGAAUUUAUCAUAAAGAAAAUCAAUGACAUGGAAAAGGUCUAUGCAGACAAAAACAGUGGAAAAUAUACUGCAAAGGUAUUAAAAAAUGAACGGCAAGAGAAAAUUAAAGCCACCACAUCCAGUGAUGAAAAAGUUAUCAGUAAUGAUGAUAAACAGACUGAAGUUAUAUUGGAUGAUAAUAAAUUCAGUAAGUUUUAUUCUCUGUGCAACAAAAUAUCCAAAGUAGACGCUUAUACUGAAAAGACAGCUGUGGUAAAUAAUUUUUUUACUAAAGGGUGUGAUGGCAAAACAUUUCAAGGGGAUCUAGCUUUGUGGUGCAAGUUACUCCUGCCUCAAGUGUCUAAAAGAGUGUACAACCUCAAAAGUAAGCAGCUUGUUAAAUUAUUCUCGAGAAUUUUUCGUAUAGACCAUGAUGACAUGUUAACACACUUAGAACAGGGAGAUGUCGCUGAUACUAUUCAACACUUCUUCACAAAGUCCCAAGCUUUUAAGCCUGCAUCUGAAAGUACCUUAACAAUACACAACAUUGAAGACUUCUUAGCAGACCUUUCCAAAUUAACAAAAGAGGAGGAGCAGAUUUAUCAUUUUAAAAAAAUUGUCAAGAAAUGUACAUUGGAAGACCUAAAAAUGUUAAUAAGACUAAUAAAAGGUGACUUGCGCAUAAACGCUGGCCCUAAACAUAUAUUAGAAGGGGUGCAUCCUGACGCAUACAGUGUCUUUCAAACAUCUCGCGAUCUCGACAUGAUGUUAAACCGAGUUUUGCCUCAAAGCAGUUCAGUAAAACACAAGGAUGCAAUACAUAAGAAUGUGCAAGAAGCAAAAUUAAGUCUAAUGACCCCUGUAUUGCCAAUGUUGGCUGAAGCGUGCAAAUCUGUAGAGAUGGCAAUGAAAAAGUGCCCCAAUGGCAUGUUUUCAGAAAUAAAAUAUGAUGGAGAAAGAGUGCAAGUCCAUAAAAAGGGUAAUGAGUUUAAAUAUUUCUCAAGAGCACUGAAACCUGUUUUAGCUCACAAAGUGAAUCAUUUUAAAGACUAUUUACCUAAAGCUUUUCCUAAAGGUAAUGAUUUGAUAUUGGAUGCAGAGGUCUUGAUGGUAGAUAAUAAUACAGGAAAGCCUUUACCGUUUGGUACAUUGGGAAAACACAAACACUCAGAGUUUAAGGAUGCCCAAGUUUGUUUGUACAUUUUUGAUUGUUUGUAUUAUAAUGGAGAUAUAUUGAUAGACGUGCCAAUAAGGAAGAGGCGUCAAAUACUGUAUGAUAAUAUGAUUGAAGUCAAAAACCGUGUAAUGUUCUCGGAACAGCAGCUUAUAUACAAACCUAGUGACUUGGCUAAUAUGAUUGCAGAGGUUCUACAACAUGGUUUGGAAGGACUAGUGCUGAAAGAUUUGGAAUCCACAUAUGAGCCUGGCAAGAGACACUGGUUGAAAGUAAAAAAAGAUUAUCUAUUUGAUGGUGCUAUGGCUGAUACCGCUGAUCUUGUUGUUCUAGGCGCAUGGUUUGGUACUGGUAAAAAAGGAGGCAUGAUGUCCGUAUUCCUAAUGGGUUGCAUAGACCCAAAGAGAAAUUAUUGGGUGACAGUAACCAAAGUCCACACAGGCCAUGAUGAUAGUACAUUGGAAAGGCUGCAGAAAGAAUUGGGCCCACUCAUGGUGAAAAUAUCGCAGGAUUACACAAAAAUACCCCCAUGGCUGGAUUGUAAUAAAGGAAUGGUACCUGAUUUUGUUGCCAAGGAUCCCAAGAAACAACCUGUAUGGGAAAUUACUGGUACCGAACUAACAAAGGCAAACAUUCACACGGCUGAUGGCAUAUCAGUGAGAUUUCCAAGAGUAACGCGAAUCCGAGAUGACAAAGACUGGGAAAGUGCUACCAAUUUGGAUGAAUUGAAACAUCUCUACAAAACUUCCAAAGAAAAAACCGAUGUCACCCUUCUAAAUAAACUGGCAGCAACCGCAGAUGACGAUUACGAACCUCCUGAUAAGAAAAAUAAACAGAGUCCUAAACAAAAAUUAAACAAAAUGUCUGCCAGUCCCGUUAAAAAUGGACUGUUAGAUAAAUUCCUUGUUAAAGAGACAAAAUCGCCAAAGACAGUAAAAUUAGAAAUCAAAUCCCCUAAAAAAGAAAUAGAUAGAUCAGAAAAGAAAGAUGAUUUACAUGAAAGUAGUUCAUCAGGAAAAAUUAAAAGAAAAAGGGAGAAUAUAGACGAAAGUUCAUCAGAUACACUGAGUGAUGCAAAUAGUUCUUUUGAAGAAACUUUACCAGAAAAUCCUUUGCCUGAUGCAUUCCUGGAUAAAAAACUAGGUUUUUAUCCAGAUUUUAUAAGCAUCCCAGAGAAAUUGAGGAACAGUUUCGAAAGACACUGGAUAGCUUAUGGUGGGGUUGUAGUAAAAUCCAUGAAAUCAAUGGAUGUUGAUUAUGUGGUACAUAAAAAUGAUGUUAUAGAUUUUCAGAAAAUGAAAAAAUUAAGAAAAAAGGUGCCACCAGAUGUAAGACAUGUUACAAAGGGUUGGCUGAUUAAAUGUAUCAAUCGCGUUGAAUUGUGUGAUACGAAAGAUUUCCCUGUUUUUGUGGAACCAUGAACUUUUUGGAAGGUUUAUUAUGUAUAUUUUAAUUGUAUUAAUGUGAUUCGGUUCAGUAGACGCGGCGUGAAAGAGUAACAAACAUUCACACCAUCAAAAUCAUCAGUUUUUUUUUGCAAAUCACGAGAAAUCAUAGAUUUUUGUCGGGACAAAAAGUAGCCUAUGUGUCAAUCCAGAGUAAAAUGUAUUUCUAUUCCAAAUUUCAGCCAAAUCGGUUCUAUAGUUACGGCGUUAAAGAGUAACAAACAUCCAAACAUACACACUUUAUCGCGUUUAUAAUAUUAGUAGGAUGCGAAAAUAAGCUGUUACGCUUUAACUACUUAACAGAUCAUCCAAAAAUUUUGUAUACAAUUCAAUAUCUUGUCAUGAGCGAACCUAUGGGCAA